CGGUAAUAAUGGACCCUUAUCUUAUCACAAGGACGGUAAAAAGUAAAAACCAAACUCAAAGAUCACAGCUUUACCAGUUGCUUCCAUAGCAAGCUCCUAACCCUUAAAUUUUCCCAAAAACCACUCACAAAACCCUAAUGCCAAUUCCCAAUUCUUAAAUCACGUUCACGAUGGACCCAGACAUUUGCCGAUGGAUUUCCGAAUUCCUAAUGCGAAGCACGGCGCCAGACCACGUCAUCAAGAAGCUCCUCCAAGUAUUACCGGUCUCCGGCGCCGACUCUCGCUUCAAGAAGACCGUCCUCCUCCGCACGAUCCGGUCCGAAAUCGCCGCCGCAUCGGUUUCCGAAACGACGCUCCAGACAUUGGAACUGAUCGAAGAAAUGGAUCGAAGCGAGGGGGUCGAGGUCAGAGACUCGUUGAAAGCGGCGUACUGUGCGGUGGCGGUGGAGUGUACGGUCAAGUAUUUGUUGGGAAGCCCCGACAAGCACGGGGAGUAUUUCGAGGCGGUGAAGAGGGUGUGGAGGGGCAGGAUUGGUCAUUUGGAGAAGUCCGGGAAGAGCGAGUUGGUUUCGGACGAGUUGACUCGGUGGAGGGAGGAUUUGGAGGAGGCGCUUUGGGAGGCCAACACGGCGAAGAGGUUGAUGAAGUUGAAUACGAGGACCGAGGCUCUGCGUGCACUUAGGGUUUUUUUAGGAGAGGCUUGGGCGCUCAUGGGGCCUUCGUUUCUCGAGUCCGCGGCGGUGUUGAUAGAGCCCUCUGAUUUACAGAAUUUGAGUGGUGAUCAAAUGCCUGCCAACAAUGCCGGUGGAUUGGCUGCUGCGACGGUUGAAGCAGCCGAGCCUGCAGUGGCUGCGGCGGCGGCAGCAGUGGUGGAUUCCGGUAAUGUGGGUGAAUUGGGGGUGGAAGAAGAGAUAGGGGCGACGCAUCGGGAGCCGACAGUGAAUGGAGAGGGAAGUCGAGAAAUGGGUGUCAAUGAUAAACCUGCAGGGAGAGGUAAAGAAAUACAUAAGGGGAAUGUGCUUCCUAGAUGCAAGCACGUUACUUGGCAUAAACGCUCUAAAGGAGGAGUUAGGAUUACUGAAGAAGUGGACACAGAUGCAUCACCUAGCAAAUAUGAUUCCUUGCCUACCCCUGAAGUUAAUAUGAUAAAAGAAGCACUUAAAUCCAGCUCUUUGGAGUUAAAAGCAGUGGUGAAGGACCCACUUCCUGAUGCAUUACAUUUGUCUGAAACCAUAAUAGCUGACAUGGUGAAAAAAGAUAAGAGACAUGAACCUUCUGUAGAAAAUCAAAGUGAAAAAGACACAGAUGCACUCAAUCCAUCUGUUGACAAAAGCAUAGCUGCACAAACUACUGACUCUGGUUGUGGAAAUCAGUCCUGCAUUCCUCAGAGCAAUGCUACGCGACCAAGCUUAAUGGAGCGGAAUGGCACUGCCCAUACUUAUGAGUGGGAUGAUUCAAUAGAUGAGUCACCAGGAGGAAUGACCAAUCGUGCAGGUAGGCUUCACCUACCUAGCCCAAAGAGAAAGAUUGUUUCUCCUUUGAAGAAGUACGAGGUUACAAAGUUUGUUAGGAGGAGAAAAUUGAAGAGAUGGAGUUUAUUGGAGGAAGAUACUUUAAGGACUGGCGUGCAGAAGUAUGGUAAAGGAAAUUGGAAGCUCAUCUUGAAUUCCUAUCGCGAUAUUUUUGAUGAAAGAACAGAGGUUGAUCUGAAGGAUAAGUGGAGAAAUAUGACACGGUAUUGAUCCCACAAAACAGUCUUUCUUGAGUCUCAACAGUGAUACCUUGUAGUUUUCAUGACUGAGUUAUAUUCUCCUGUUCAUCUGAUUGCUUCAUAUGUUCAUACCUUAGCUAGGUUAUACAACACAAGUGAUGUAGAUUAAACGUAACUAUGUAGUCUCUUCCUUUUGGAUCCUGUUUCACAUGUAUAUAUUUUUUCCCCAUGAAUAAAAUGUAUGUCUUUUGGCAUUUCUGCAA